UAUAUUUCUCAUUGUGUGGGAAGGACCGGCUGUGGUGAGUUAAUCCAGUUCCACAGCACAUUUGUGUUUAGCGUUACUUUACUGUGCUGUCUACCUGUCUUUAUGUGUCUGUGAUGUAGAUGGCAGUAAUCCAGCACCCAGUGGAGACUCUGCGCGGUGCACUGGUCUUCAGCCAUCGUGACUUGGCUAAAAGCUACAGCAGGUACAGCCAGGAGGAGCGCAGGCUACUGGAGGAGGGUCUCCGCACAGGGGGAGAAACUGCUUGGUUCCAGCCCAUCACUGUGCACUCUGAUGCUGACUGGAUCCCCUCGCCCCAGGACUACCAGAGCUUCUACAGGAACCCAUACCGCAACACCCCCAUCCAGGGACAUAGCACCAUCUACAUACAGACCAUAGGCUCUUUCGGAGAGGCCGAAGGCCAGUAUGUGGAGUGGCUGAGAGAGUACUGCCAGGCCUUCUUUUAUGGUCUGGUGGUGAAACUGUUGCCCUCGGUUACCGUGGCUGCCACAGGAUGUGCUUUCAGGGUCAACAGCAGCACUCAAAACCUCCUGAUCCACUCAGGGGACUUGCUGGGUUUCCUGAAGAAGAGGAUGCCUAAAGAUGCCUUCUGUGUGGUAGGGAUCACAAUGAUCGACCUCUACCCCAGAGACUCCUGGAACUUUGUGUUCGGCCUGGCUUCUGUCACUGAAGGCAUGGGAGUGUUCAGCUUUGCCCGGUAUGAUGAUCACCUCUACAGCAGUAGCUGUGCGGGGCGUGUGAAGAGGAGGUGCAGGCCUAAGCCUGGGGACUACUCUGUGUUCAAGGACUCCUAGCCUCCCAUCUCCAGCGUGCUGUCACUCCGCUCCUGCAAGACCGUGAGCCAUGAGCUGGGCCACAUAUUGGGGAUCAAGCACUGCAAGUGGAUGGAGUGUGUGAUGCAGGGCUCUAACCAUCCGGAGGAGUCUGACCGACGGCCCCUCCACCUCUGCCCCAUCUGUCUGCGCAAGCUGCAGGCUGCCAUCGGCUUCAAGAUGGCCGACAGGUAUAAGGCCAUGCUGCUGUGGAUAGAAGAGGAGGAGGGAGUUCAGCACACAUCCUUCAAGCUUGAAUGAACACACUGUCCACCUCCUCUCUUCCAUGGUUGUCUGCAGGGUUGCUCAGCCCCUGAUGCAGAGGCUGAGGGCCACUACAGCAAUUACAAG